AUGUUCUGGUUCCCAUGUUUCAAACCAAGUAAAAGCAGAGCCCCGAAGGGCCUUACCGGCUUUCGCCACCAUUUGCAGACUGCUCCACUCAAAUUCUCCACCAAGAUCUUCAAUAUUCUUACACCAGCUCUAUGCACCGUUGUGCAUUUUCUCCGGGUGGAAGACAGGUCGACCAAUCACUUCGAUUCUGACUGUGAAAUACCAGCAUCUCAGCCAGCACCGUCGGUAGAAAAAAAGAAACAAAGGAAGAAGGUUGUCGACAAAACAAAGAAAUGGACAAAGACCAAUGCUCCUGUGGUAAAAUCCAGCUUUAUUGGGUCCGAGACGGAGUCGGAUGUUGAUUUGUCAGCGCCAUCGACAUCAAGUAAAAAAAGGAAGCAGACGGAUUCAGAGAACGAGCUAGAACUCGGCGGUGAACCCCUCCGAGCGGCUGCGUUGCGGAGCUUCUUAUCAAGACGUAGCGGUUCCGGUUAUACACUCUAG